AUGCCAUCAUCUAUAAUCGAGCCAAGUACCCUCGUUGUGAGGUGCGGUCUUAACACGGUGGAUCAUCUACCUUGCGAUGCGCUGGAAGGAAAAUGCUAUCAACAGUGUGGAAAGCUGCCGCCCCUCCCCGGGAACCAUGCAGAUCCGUUCGGAAUAGCGACGAACUAUAGGAUUGAGGUUCUGCGCUUAGUGAUUGGCAACAUCUUCGGCAAUCUGAUUACCAAGAUGGGAAGAAGCAUUUUGAAACUCGGCACACUUUGCGGCAACAGUCGGAAUGAUAACGGCAUUGCAACGCAUGUUAGCUAUAUCUUGGUCAGUGCAUGGUCUUUGAUAUUGACGGGAGCUUGCCUAUCGUCUCUGAAGUUUCGACUGCAACGGUAUGCUAGUUCCAGCCAGCAGACAUUGAAGGUGGCUGCAUAUCCUGGAAGCAAAGAAGACUUAACUCGUAUUUGGGCUGUAAUAGUUGAUUUUGUGUGGAACUUUUCAGAUAUUAGAUGA